AUGGGAACAGUGCUGGACUCCCACUUCCUGGCGCUCACCGCCCUCGUCACCGUCGGGUACCAGCUGGUGUUCUUCAUCAUCACAGCUCUCCUCCGCUUCGACAAGGUCACCGAUUUCGCAGGCAGUACAAAUUUUGUCAUAAUCGCCGUCCUUGUAGCAGCUUUGAAGGGAACAUGGCACUUCCGCCAGAUCGUGUUGACAGUGCUUGUUAUAAUCUGGGGACUUCGUCUGGCAGUGUUUUUACUAAUGAGGAUUUUGCAAUGGGGAGAGGACAAACGGUUUGAUGAGAUGCGCAGUAACUUGGGAAAAUUAGCCGUCUUCUGGAUUUUUCAGGCUGUCUGGGUUUGGACUGUCAGCUUGCCUGUUACUAUUGUGAAUGCAAGUAGCAGAAACCCUUCAAUUGAAGCUCGGGAUAUCAUUGGUUGGAUAAUGUGGGCCAUCGGGCUAGCUGUGGAAGCUAUAGCUGAUCAACAGAAGCUUAAAUUCAAGAAUUCUCCAAGCAAUAGGGGAAAGUGGUGUAAUGUUGGUCUUUGGAGUUAUACUCGCCAUCCAAAUUACUUUGGGGAGAUGUUCCUUUGGUGGGGGGUGUUUGUAGCAUCAGCACCGGUUCUCUCAGGAGCUGAAUGGCUUGUAAUCUUGGGACCCAUCUUCCUGACGCUCUUGCUUCUUUUCGUUAGCGGGAUCCCACUUCUUGAGUCAUCUGCUGAUAAGCGCUUCGGUCGGUCUGAGGAAUACCGCACAUACAAGAAAACCACAAGGUCCUCUUAUCCCAUUGCCGCCGGUUGUGUAUGGAGCCCUGCCCGAUUGGUUCAAGGUGGCAUUCCUCCUGGAGCUGCCCCUCUACAACCCAGGACCGGAACGCGACCCUGUCAGCUGAGUGAUGAAUGUGCAUUGUUCUUCUGA